GACGUAAUCAGGUGACGCCUCUACGUAAACCCUGCGUCAGUCACUGUGUCGCCUUCUAGAAAUUAUACAGACUUGGAAAUGGCCAGUCAGUCAAUGGAGGUUGUUGCGAAAGCUCUGGAGCAGCAGGUGCUGCAGUCGGCACGGAUGGUGGAAGAGCAGCUGGAUGCAGAACUAGAGAAGUUGCAGACCAUGGAUGAAGAUGACCUGGAUCGGCUCAAGGAGAGAAGGCUCGAGGCCCUCAAGAAAGCUCAGAAACAGAAGCAGGAGUGGAUAUCUAAAGGACAUGGUGAAUACAGAGAGAUCCCAAGUGAGAGAGAUUUUUUUGCUGAGGUGAAGGAAAGCAAAAGUGUCGUCUGCCAUUUCUACAGAGACUCUACCUUCAGAUGCAAAAUUUUGGACAAGCACCUAGCUGUCUUGGCUAAGAAACAUCUGGAAACAAAGUUCAUCAAGCUGAAUGUUGAGAAGGCUCCAUUCCUAACGGAGAGGCUGAAGAUUAAAGUCAUUCCAACACUGGCUCUGGUCAAGGAUGGGAAGACUAAGGAUUACAUUGUGGGCUUCACCGAUCUGGGCAACACAGAUGAGUUUCCAACCGAAAUGCUGGAGUGGAGACUGGGCUGCUCAAGUAUCAUCAACUACAGUGGGAAUAUUUUGGAGCCACCAACAAUUGGGCAGAAGUCAGGGACAAAGUUCACCAAGGUGGAGAAAAAGACCAUCAGAGGCAAAGGGUAUGACUCGGAUUCUGAAUCUGAUGAGGAUUAGAG